AUGCCGUUUUCGUUGCGUGAGGCCCCAACCGACUACACGUUGGCCGAGAUGUUUGACGAUUUGGACGAGGAAGUAGCGCCAAGCGGUUCCGAAUCUAAAGAAGGCCGCCCUCGAGCUUCUUCUCAACCUCCUGUCGCCUCUACCUCUCGGCUUCAUGGACUCGACCCGAGGGUUCCACGAGAUUCGAUCCAUCCUUCCCAAGCACAACAAUUUACGUACAACGCUUAUUACACCAUGGCUCCCCAGAUGCAACCGUUUCCGGCGCCAAGACGACCGCCCCUGCAGCCCCAUUUCUCAUAUCCGGCGACCACCAGCAGUCGUCCCGCA